AUGUCUUCUUCAUCUCCGGCUUCGACGACCUCUGCAUCCGAUGCAGAUCGGGUCGUAUCUGGUGUUAGUCUGCGUGCGUCUGUGCUUGAGGCGGCGUUGGACCUUGGAAUCCGCAACUCCGUGAUGAAGAAAUGGAUGUUCAAUCCUCUGGCAGAGGACGAAGAGGAAGAGCAUAACACGCCAGCCUUGACAUCGCCUUCGACUUCAGAAGAGUCGUCUAUGUCCCCGUACAGCAUCAUAACGCCGAGCCAGUCUACGUAUAACUAUAACUAUCCUUAUCCAAGACAACUCAAUCCGGACAAACUAGGAUCCGGAUCUAGCGACCAGUUCUCCGCGAAUAAUAUCACCUUGGGCUUGGGAGGCAUAGGCGCGACCGAUCAAAUUCAAAAGGCGCCGCCCAUGAAGCUUACUCUGGCUGUCCCCCCAACUCGGAAUAAAUUGAAGAAGCAGCGUAGUCCGACGGGAUAUGAGAGCGACGGCGGAGGCGGAGGUUAUCUUUCAGAUGGACCUAAAAAAGCCAAGGUCAAGACAAAGAAGGGUAUGACGUGGAGAAGGAAAGACACCGCAGAUGGGGAUGAUGAGAGCGACGGAGGCUAUCGCAGUGAGGCGAUCUCGGGCAGCCGAGUGGGCGCGGGAGAAACGAAGAAAGCAAAGCGGAAGGCGAAAAGUACUAAGGAGAAGGGUGGGAUCAAGCGGGAGGAAGCGUCACCUACGCCGCCCUUGGGAGACCGGGACCCAGGCGCACUGCUUGCGACUAUCAACGCGUCUGUCUUGCCUGAUCCAGAGUCUCGUUCUGGCUCUGCGAUAGGACAUAGCAUGGAUGGCUACCUUACUGACUCGGGGGUUACGGAAAAGCGCGGGCGCACGAAGAAAAAGUCCAAAACGAAGGAAAAGGGAAAGAAGAGUCGGGCGGGAAGUCCGGGAGAGGAUGAUGCGACCACGUAUACACCCACGAAGAAGAAGUCGUUGUUCCGAUUGAUGGGACGGUCUGUAUCUCGAGAAGGCAAGGAUAGAGAUCGGGAGGUCGAGACGCCGCCUCCACUGCCCGCUCCGCCGCUACCGAUGAUACUGCCGAUUGCGGAACGUUUCGCACGAACGGGGACGCCGACUGCGAACGGGAGUACCAAUGCCACGUUAACAACAACGUCCUCGUCCUUGGAUGCGGGUUCGAGCUCGACCUUGACCAAGUCUUCCUCGUCCAUCGAGCUGCGUUCAGUCGGUAGUCUGAGUACACUGGUUCCUCCACGUGACCCACUGCGUUCCGAGAGUCCCUGGAGCAACCGCAGCGCGCCGAGUAGGAUAGGUGUGACGACUACCGACAGGGCAGGGUCGUUCGAUCUUCCUAGGGUGAACAGAGAUAUCAAUGUAAUUUCUCUGUCUGAUGCGCUUCGGCCCCUUGCGAAUGGUACACGUUCAGAGCCCGGGCAUGGUAGCAACAACCGAUCCGACUCUGGGCACGAGACGAGUCAUGGCCAUGACCGACCGACGUCGCCUACCGCCAUCACCACCAACGGCAGCACCAGUCCGGAGUCGGGGAAGUCACCGACGAAGAGGAUAGCCAAGCUCUUCCCGUUCGGGCAUUCGCGCGAGAACGACAGCAACGGAUCAUCCUCCUCGUCGAAGACUACAAUCUCAAACCCGAAUCCACAUCUCGGACAGAGGGAAUCGUCGAUGGGAUUGCCGAAUCCAUUUGAGAUUGCUGCUGCGUUGACGGCAACGGCGAAGGGUCUUUCACCAAUGCACUUGCUUCCUCAACACAAGCAUGCGAACCUGGACGUGAGGCGGUCUGAUUCACCCGAGUCGUUUAUUAUCAUUAACGAAGAGGAUGGGAUCCCGACUCCCAUGCGGCAACAGCGCUUUGAGAACGCGAAUGCUGGCUUCGAUGUGAAUGACUCGUCUGCCGUGCGCGGAAGGUCUGAUACACCUUCCAGCCUUGCUGAUCGACGACGCGCCAACUUGGACGUACUCGACCUCACACCUACUCAAAGUCGAGCAGGCUCACCGAGCCCCAGCCGUGAUGGAUUUCGAGCAGCACGAGCGAGUGUCCUCGCAUACUACCAGGUCCCACCGCCAUCCCCACCUCCCGCAGGACCUCUCCCUCCAAGACCUGACAGCGUGAACGACGCACCUUUCUCACGCCGCGGAAGCGAUGACAACCAACUAUUAUCACCCGGUCGAGCCUACGCUUCACGUUCUCCGUCUCCUCUCGGUCCUGGUGGUCGAUACUCGCGAUCGCCUUCUCCAGGGAUGGGUAUGGGUCAAGUCCGUCGUGGACGUGAAUCCCCCUUCCCAACUCGUCCCAUCCUCCCACCGCAAGACAGCCGAGAACUCGUCGAGCGUGUAGAACGAUACAAAGCUCUAUACGCUGCUGUCGACGCUGACGGUGCUGACGUACCCGAGGACGCAUUUGUGGGUAUGGACGAGUUCUUUGAUAAACAUAGUUCAGCGUAUAUCCGCGCUGCGCGUGCACGUGGGGAGAAACGUGUGUAUUUUGAUGUUGUGAGGAGGUCGUACGAGGCUAGUCUGCGAAAUAGUCAUACAUUUUAUGUGAAUGGUCCUCAUGCGAUUUUGCCGCCGGAGAUAGCUAUCGAGCCUGCAGACGACUACGAUCCUAGAUACAACAACAACAGUACCGACUUUGAUGACGCAACAGACGAACGUCUCCGUUACUCCACCACACUAUCUGACGCCGAAGUAGCAGCUGCCGAACACCUUAACACAUUAGAAACAGUCGUAGAAGAAGACUCUUCUUCCGACUCUCGUUCAUUCGCAGCUUCUUCCGUAUAUUCACGGUACAGCGUAUUGGACGAAGGGAAGAGCGCUACAGUACGUGAAGGGUUCGUUAGAAGGGUUGCGGCGCUGUAUGGUCAGGACAAGUUGUUAAGGGAGGAGAUACCUGAGGUUCCGAAGAUACCUAAUGAGUUUCGCGAUGCUGCGCCCGCUGCUGGACGGCCCCCGAAUGAAAAGGCUGCUGCUAGUGCGUUGAAGGUUACCAGUAGCCCGUUUAGAUUUUGA